AUGUCUGAUCAAGAUAAUACUCCAAUACUAAAAGCAUCUGAUUUAUCAGAAGAAAUUCAAAUUAAAAUAUUUGAAUUAGCAGAUCAAGCAUGUCAAACUUAUAAAAUUGAAAAAGAUAUAGCAACAUUUUUGAAAAAAGAAUUAGAUCAAAUAUAUGGUCCAACAUGGCAUGUAAUAGUUGGUAAAAGUUUUGGUAGUUAUGUUACUCAUGAACAAGGUUAUUUUAUUUAUUUUUAUAUUGGAGAAUUAGCAUUUUUAAUAUUUAAAAGUGGAUAA